UCAGUUCUGACUUUAGAUCCUAUUCCAACCAUGUGUAAUUAAGGAGGAAUUUGCCGGUCUUCAUCUGGCAGUGGUCACAUAACAAAAAAUCAGUUUCCAUUGUUGGGAGGAGGAGACAGGACAGGAUUGAGGAAUGGACGUUAAACAGAGUUCAUGUGGUGCUGCUGAGCUUCCAUGGAAGACCCGCCUAGUGGUCCACUUGGGCACUUUCUUACUCGACGUCUGCCGUCUCUCCCACCGCAUCCUCCGCUUCGUCCGCAAUCUUGAACCCAAAUCUCCACCUUCCUCCAAAGCCAUCAAUGGAGUCUCCUCCUCCGACAUCACCGUCGACCCUUCCAGCAAUCUCUGGUUCCGCCUCUACCUCCCCUCCUUCCCCUCCUCCUCCUCCACCACCACCCUCCUCCCUCUACUCAUCUACUUCCACGGCGGCGGAUUCCUCUCCUCCGCCGCCAAUUCCAAAAUCUACGACCAUCUCUGCCGCAACCUCGCCGCUCAACUCCAAGUCACCGUCGCCUCCGUCAACUACCGCCUCGCCCCCAACCACCGCUACCCUUCCCAAUACGACGACGGUUUUGAAACCCUCAAAUUCAUCGACGCCCAUAACUACGCCGUACUACCCUCCAUCAUUGAUCUCAACCGUUGUUGUCUCGCCGGCGACAGCGCCGGCGGCAACAUAGCCCACCACGUGGCGGUCAGAUACGGCCGACACGAGUUUAAGAAGCUGAAUAUUAUUGGUUUGGUAGAGAUACAGCCGUUCUUCGGUGGAGAAGAGCGCAGUGAAUCGGAACUCCGGCUCAGUAGAGCUCCAUUUCUGAAUGUGAAACGUACAGACUGGAUGUGGAGGUUGUUUUUGCCAAUAGGAUCGGACAGAAACCAUGAGGCGGUGAGUGGUGGUGAUGUGUCGGCGGCGGUGAAGUUUCCGGCGACGUUGGUGGUGAUUGGUGGUGGUGAUCCGUUACAGGACUGGCAGAGGAGGUACGUUGAGGGGUUGAAGAAAUCAGGGAAGGAAGUGAAGUUGAUUGAGUAUCCAAACGCCAUCCAUGGCUUCUGUAUCUUUCCUGAAUUGCCCCAACUAUGGUACCUAAUUGCAGAGGUCGGGGACUUUAUUCAAAGCCAAUCUGCUAGAAAUGCCUAGAACCCAAGGGCUACUGCAGACUUGGUAAGGUAAGGCUUGGUAGUUAUUCUGGUUACAGUACAUGUGGUAUAGCAGGGACGGAGGUCUACAGUGACUUUAUUCCGGUUACAGUAUAUGUAUAUGUUGUUAUGCAUAGAAUUGGUUGAACAUGUCAACUGCUUUUCGUA